AUGCGCUUGUGCCAGCGGAGAGCUCGCGCUGGGUUCAACAAGUCAAGCUCGACAGCUCGGCAGCGCAUGUACGAAUCUUUGGUACAGCUGCUACAAGAGUAUCCAAAGACAUUCGCUGUCCAUCUGGUCAUUCUAGGCACAUUCGCGUUCUAUCUGCUCGUUCGCGACAUACCCACCGGCAGAGCAGCACAGCCGAGCAUGGCAGACACCAACAAGCUCAACAGUCUGCCAGAGGUACCUCAGGCUGUUGCAGCGGUGGGUGCGCAUGCCAAGCCGGACGGAACACACCUCGAUCCACCGAAAGAUGACCCCAUCUCGCUGGAAGAGCUGGCAAAGUGUGACGGCAGCACGGCAGAUGCGCCGAUCUAUGUGGCCAUCAAGGGCACAGUCUUUGACGUGACGCCGAAGAGGGAGAUGUACGGGCCUGGUGGCGGCUAUCAUGUCUUCGCGGGCAAGGAUGGCUCAAAGGGGUUAGGCAAGUCAUCACUCAAGCCAGAGGACGCGGUAUCAGACUACAGCGACUUGCCCGCUAGCGAGCUCAAGGUGCUCGACGAAUGGGUCGCUUACUUCACCAAGCGGUAUAACAUCGUAGGCAAGGUUGCAACUGCGUGA